UCAAGGUCCAGACAUGGCGCUGAGUGUUUUAUAUCACAGCCUGGGAUGCCGGUUGUCUCACAGUAACGUUAAACUCCUACAAAUAAGUACCCGGAUACAAACGGUCAGGCUCGCGCACAGUGUCUUACGGAGAGAAACCGGACCGGAACACAAACUGUCACCAGUUCACUGCUGCCCGGUGAAUGUGAGUCAGUGGUUCACCUGCAGAACAGCUCAACACCUGACUCAACACUCCCGAACAUUCUCCACCAUACCUCCACCGCCUUCAUCAGGGGAGAAGAAGAAGAAGUCUGGGCCGGUGACGUGGAAGUCUUUAGCUAUAACAUUUGCUAUCGGAGGCACUCUGCUCGGAGGGAUGAAAUAUUUAAAGAAGGAGAAGGAGGAACAGAUUGAGAAGGAGCGGACCAAGUCGAUCGGCCAGCCGGCGCUGGGCGGUCCGUUCUCGCUCAUCGAUCACAACAACAAACCCAGCAGGAGCGAGGACUUCCUCGGCCAGUGGGUGCUCAUCUAUUUUGGGUUCACUCACUGCCCCGACAUCUGCCCGGACGAAAUAGAGAAGAUGAUCGAAGUGGUGGAUGAAAUAGAUAAAAUAAAGUCUCUUCCAAACCUGACGCCGAUCCUCAUCACCAUCGAUCCGGACAGAGACACGACGGAGGCCAUGGCUGCUUAUGUGAAAGAUUUUUCCCCAAAGCUGAUUGGCCUGACGGGACCAACGCCUCAGAUCGAGCAGGUCUCCAGAGCCUUCAGAGUUUACUACAGUCAGGGACCGAAGGACGAAGACAACGACUACAUCGUGGAUCACACCAUCAUCAUGUACCUGGUGGGACCUGACGGAGAGUUUGCCGAGUAUUUCGGACAAAACAAAAGAAGUGCGGAGAUCAGCAGCUCGAUAGCAUCGCACAUGAGGAAGUACAAGAAGGAAAAGGGAGCGGCAGCCAAUUAAAAGCCCUCUACGGACCGACAGGUUCAAUCACUACUAAUGUGUGUUGAUGGUGGACAUGCUGUGGUACAAAGUGUCUGCAGUAACAUUCCUUUUAAAGCAGUCGUGUGCAGCAGAAAACUGAUGGCGUGAAAGGCAGCAACAAGUGCCUCCUGUUUGAAAACUAUGUGCACAGAUCAUCUCCAAUGAGAUCAAUAACUCUGAUUUCUGAUGCACAGAAUGAGGAAAUAACCUGUGAUUUGAUUUUGUGAUAAAAAUACAAAAUACAGCUACGCGUAGAAUAUUUUAUUUGUGUUUGAUCGACAGUUACUUCCAAAUGCUUUAGUGGUGAACUAUGGAUCAGGAUGCACUGAAAGCCUUCAGUAUGUGUAGAGUUUAAACGUGUGUCACUCUGGAGACUCCCAGUGGUCGAAGCAGGAAAUGCAACAGCAUCCUCAACAAGCUUUCAUCCUUGUUUCAUUUUUCUGAAAAUGUUUUCCAUCCAAAUAAUUCAACUGCUGCUAAAAUCUUAUCUCUGGAGAGAUAAUAGUGACAGACUAAAUGUAGCAGAAUAAGAGCUUUGAAGAGACAUUUCUAAAGAUGUUUGUUUGCUGUAAAAAGUGAAAUUAGGAAACGAGAAAUUGGAUUUCCAAGGGAAUCUGUUUUUACAGAAACCUCACAGGAGAUAAGGAAAAUUAAAAUCCUUAUUAAGGCAAUCGAUGCCCUAAAACACAGGACAUGAACAUGAUAUGAAAUGUCUGUUUAAACGGAUAUAUCAUGUAAUACUGACACUUCCUUCAGUGUCAGUAUUUAAGGGUUUAUCAGUAGUUUCUCCGUCAAUUAACGAUCAAAUAUCCAAAACGCAAAACAUUUUGAUGGUAAGUGUUUGUACGUAGUGAUGAGACGAUGGAGCGCUUUAUGGUGGAUAGAUGGUGAAAUAGUUGAUGGUAGUGAAUUUAUAUUUAUCGGGAUGUUUUCGGAAAAGUUGUCCAGCUCCCCGUGAUGUAGAGAAGUGAAAAAUACAACCUGAUUCAAAAACACAGAAAUGGUCAUUUAAGAAAGAACAGAUUCACACAAUUAUUUAUUAAGGGUGACCUCAUUAUUCAAGAUUUCCUUAAUUAUGUUUGGUUCACAAAAAAAGAUGUUUAUCUGAGAUGCAAUAAACUAAUUUGUUUCUUAACUAAAUGUGAGGUAAAGUGAUUCCAGUGUGUUUUAGGGCCAUUUUAAGAGGAUGUCUUAAUUAUUUUUACCAGAAUGACUGUGAUCGUAAUCGUCCCAAAACUAUUUGAAUGAAGAGUGAAAACCCAGCGUGAGAGACGACUUUAUUUAGGAACAGACUGGUUGUGGUUCAAUGAAAUGUUGUAUCUUUCUGCGAGGAUUUGUACAUGAAUCUCUCUCCGUUGGACUGAAUGUUUAAUUCAAACCGCUGCUCUUUCAGCUCAUCAGUGUUGAGAGGAAGACCGAGCUCACCCAGAGAGAGUAAUUGCUUUCAGACGGAGGUCAACCUCUGAUUGAUAAUCUCAUUAAACUGUUUGCUGGAGGAGGCUGACGACUUCCACUUAUAGUUUAAUGAGGAAAAAAUCUAAAUCUAAUAUUCAUAUAUAAGAGCUGCAUUCAGAGCUGCAUUGGAUUUAUUGUGACCCGAACUUUCCAGCAGCCAGUAUUGAUUUAUUAAUAUCGUUUGUGCCUGCACACUGUAACGGUAAAAUAUGUUCUAACAUGUUCUCUGCAUAGUCUCUGUAAGAGGAAAGUGCCUGCUAUGACAUAAAACGAUUCCAUAUAGGGCAAUAGCAUAAGACGAGGCACAUGCAAGCCAUAUAGGGCAGCGGCAGAGAAUGAGGCGCCUUCCUGUAAUGCAGAGGACAUGUACCAGACACUGAUGCACACGUAUGACUUGUCCCCCACUUGUCCCCCCCUCCUUCUCACUGUCUCCUUUGUUUGUAAAGGUAUAAAUCAGAAUGUACGGAGAACCGUUCUGCGGGGCACUCUCACAGGUUACUGCAAUACGUAUCUGUGAAACUGCUCUCCUUGCUUGCAACGCAAUAAAUUGACUUUACACACUUUGA